AUGUUUGACGGCUGGACCCACGCUGGCAUUCACUAUGUUGCUCUCUACGCCGUCUACGAGACAGCUGGUAAGCUGCGCAUACCGCUACUUGGUAUGUCUCCCCUUGAAGAUGGCGAUCAGAUGGCAGACGCCCACAUCAAGCUGUUCAAGAACAUCCUGGAUGUGUACGACAAGACCAGCGACAUGGUGGGGUUUCUGGUGGGGGACAACUGCGCAACUAACCAGUCCAUUGCAACCAAGAUUGGUAUCCCCCUCGUCGGCUGCGCCAGUCAUCGUUUCAACCUGGCUGUGAACAAGUUCAUGGAGCCGUAUGACGACUUACUGGGCGAAGUCAACAACCUUAGGGUGGAACUUCGUCAUGAAAACAACCGUGCCGAGCUGAAGAAGUACACCGAUCUCGUCCCUAUCAAGCGGAACGUCACGCGUUGGUCCUCGACGCUUACAAUGGUGGAGAGGUAG